AUGCGUCGCGUCUCGAGCAAAGGCAAGGGCCUGCCGACGCACUCGCAAAAGGUCCGCGCGUCGCGCGCGUCGCGCAGCACGUCGACGAAGCUCCUCGUCGCGUGCUGGUGCCUCGCUUUGCUCGUCCUCGUCGGCGUGUCCUUCAUGAGCCCGCUCUACAACAAGGAGACCCGCGUGAAAUCGCCGCCGGCCGCGCUGCGCCAGUCCGUCGGCCGCCCCCUAAACGCGUUCGACGGCUGCGCGUGGCGACGGCCCGGCGCCGUGCUCGUGCUGCGCGUGCCCAAGGCCGCGAGCACGGCGCUGACGAACGCCAUGCGCGAAUUCCGCGGCCGCUACAAGUUCGUCGACGUCGCCGAGUGGCCCGGCGCCGUCGGCCUGACGGCCGCGCCGCGGCCGCCGAGCGCGCUCGCGCCGGCCGUGGAGGCGAGGAUGCAGGAGAGCAAGAUCCACCGGUUCGCGACGGGCGCGGCGGCGCGCGACGGCGACAUCGUGCUCGCGGGCCACACGUUCCUGCCCGUGCCGGCGACGGGCGCGCCGACGUACGCCGUCGUCGCGAUCGUCCGCGAGCCGGAGCAGCGCCUCGCGUCCGGCUACCACUACGUGCGGUCCAAGGAGGUGCUGCCGCCCGGCGUGUCGGCCGCGGAUCCGCGGACCGUCGGCGCCUGCGCCACGCGCUACCUGUGCGGCUACUCGACGACCCUCUGCGAGGGGCCCGGCGCCGUCUACCGGGCCAUCGCGAACGUCAACGAGACCGUGCUCCUCACGAUCCCCGCGGAGCGCAUCGACGACGGCGGCUACCGCGCGCUCGCGCGGCUCCUGCCGGGCUACUUCUCCGGCAUCGAACGGGCGGCGGCGGCCGUCGAGGCGAGGUACGGCGGCGUCUACGACUCUCGCGGCGCGCGCCGGUCGCCCCGAGACCCGGAGGUGCCGUGGGUCGUCGCCGACUCCGCCGACGAGAUCGACGCGCUCGCGGAGCUCUGCGGCGACGACCAGCGCGUCUACGACUUCGCGGCCCGCCUCUUCGACGGGCGGCUGCGGGCCUGCGACGCGCGCUACGCUCCGACCGCCAGCGGUCAGCCCAAGAUGGCCUCGACGCCCCUCUUCGCUUUUGAAAUCAGCGCGCAGCACAUCCGUACGUUCAGCGCCGCCGUCACCGCCCUCAGCGCCGUCGGCAAGGAGAUCUGCCUCGGCGUGUCCCGCGCCCGCUCCGGCGACCAGGCGUACCUGACGCUGUCCGCGUACGACGACGCGGCGACGUCCUUCGGGUCCUUCCGCUUCGAGGAGCGCUUCUUCACGCGGGCGCAGACGCGGCGCUCGGGCUACGGCGCCGGCGACUUCGCGUGCAAGAUCCUCGCGCGGACGCUCUUCCCCGCGCUGAAGCGGGCGACGGCGCGCUGCCACGCCGGCGGGAACACGGGCACGCGCCGCCGCGUCCGACGCGUCCCGCGCGGCGGCAAGGCGCGGGCCGGGUCCGGCGUGCUGAAGCUCGUCAUCCGCCACGACGAGCCGCGCGACGACGACGACGACGGCGGCGACGGCGACGACGACGAGGACGCGGAGGCGAUCACGCGCGCGUUUCCGCGGCUCACGCUCGAGCUCUUCCACGACGACGGCUCGCGGCGCCGCUGGCGCCUCUUCUACGAGGGCGCCGAGGCGCAGACCGUGGCCUUCGACACGGAGGCCGCCGAGGUCGGCGAGAUCGUCGCGCAGCCCCCGCAGUUGUCGUCGAUCCUCGGCCACGCCGAGGGCCGCGAGAUGUCCUUCGCCGUCGCCGUCGGCGAGCUGCGCGUCUCGAGCACGGCCGACGACGCCGAGGCGAACGACGGCGAGCUCGCGACGGAGCUCAAGAUCUCGAGCACGGACUUCGAGAGCUACCUGCUCCCGGAGGACCGCGGCGGGGGCGACGACGCGGCGAGCAUCGCGUUCCAGAUCAAGCAGGCCAAGGCCAUGGUCCGGUUCUGCGACUCCGCGGACGUCGGCGAGAUCAAGUUCUACUUCUCCGCGCCGGGCCGGCCCGUCGCGCUCCUCGCGCGCGCGGCCAACGGCUGCGACUGCCGCUUCAUCAUCUCCUCGACGCGCGUCCGGCGCGCCGCGUCGCCGCCCCCGAACGCCUCCCGCGCGCCGUCCAACGCCUCCACGAACCGCUCCCUGCCCGAGGCCGUCCACGGCAAGCGCAAGCACCCCUGCGAGCGGCCCCCGGCGACGCUCUCCCAGACCCAGGACGGGCCCCAGGCCGCGGCGCACCAGCGGGCCGACGGGCCGCCGCCGCCCGGCACGGACCCCGUCUUCGACAAGAUGGUCGAGGACGAGCUCGCGCGGCGCAAGGACCAGGGCGGUGCGGCCAAGCCCGGCGCGAGCGCGCCGCCGGUGCCGGGCGAGGACCCGGUCUUCGACGCCAUGGUCAAGCAGGAGAUGGAGCGCCAGAAGUACGAGGUCGACGCCUUCGCGGGCGCGCUCGGCGCGCGCGACGGCCGCGGGCCCGCGCGCGCCGAGCCGAGCCUGUCGCCGCGCGCCGCGCGGCCCCGCGAGGGCGGCGCGGGCGCCAUGGCGCGCCUCGAGCGCGACAUGCGCGCCGAGCGCGACGCCUACGGGGGCCAAGGCUACGGCCGCGCGCCCGAGCCCGCGCGCGCCGCGCCCUCCUACGGCGCCGCGGCCGCCCCCUACGGCGUCGACGGCGGCCAGCCCUCGGGCGACCCGCGGCGCGACAAGCAGCGCCAGUACGCCGCGGCCGACGACGACUGGCAGCGCGCGCGCCGCGCGCCGCCGCCGCGGGAGCCCCAAAGCGGCUACGGCGCCCCCUACGCGGCGCGCGCGCCGCCCGGGCCCGCGCCGGCGGCGGCGCCGGCCCACGGCCCGCCGCCCUGGGCCCACGGCGACGUCGGCCGCGACCCCUACGAGCCCGCGCCCCUCGGCCGCGGCAUGGCGACGAUCCAGGGCGCGAACCCGCCUAGACAGCUCGGCGGCCGCAAGGACGCGCAGGCCGCCUACGCGGCCGAGCUCGAGGCCCAGAUGCGCGAGAAGGCGGACCGGGACCGCUUCCACCGCAACCGCGACAUGGCCGCGAGCCGCGAGCGGCUCCGGGGCUACCCGCCGAGCCCGACGCGCGACGACGGCGGAGCCUACGGCGGCGGAGCCCACGGCGGCGCGCCGCAGCAGCCGGGAGCCUACGGCGGCGGCGCGCCGCAGGGAGCCUACGGCGGCGGCGCGCCGCAGGGAGCCUACGGCGGCGCGGCGCCGCAGGGAGCCUACGGCGGCGAGCCGCCGCCGCGCGAGGACGCCGCGGCGCGGCACCGCCGGUUCCUCGAGGAGGACGAGCGCACGCGCGCCGCGGAGCGCGCGCGCCGCUUCGCGCCGCAGCGCCUCCGCCAGCAGCAGCAGCAGCAGGAGCAGGAGCCCGCCGCCUACGGCCAGGGCGUCGUCGACGGCCCCUUCGGCCCGCGGCGCCACGGCGGCGGCGGCGACGGCCCGCCGCCGGCCGCGCGCCGCGAGGCCGCGCCGGAGCCGCCGGCGCGCGACGGCGGCGCCUACGGCGCCUAUCCCGGCGGCCGCGACGACGAGCCCGCGGCCGACGACCGGGGCCGCCGCGGGUCGAACGCGCGCGAGCGCUUCGUCCGCGACGUCUACGGCGAGUCCAAGGUCGCGAGCGCCUUCGGCGGCGGCGGCGGCGGCGCGGAGCCCGUGGGCGGCGGCAUCACGCGCCGCGUGGACCCGGCCGUCGAGGCGAAGCGGAGGAGCCAGGCCCUCGCGCAGCGCGAGGCGCUCGAGGCGCAGAUCGCGGCGCGCCGCGAGGCCAAGGAGGCCGAGGCCGCGGAGCGGCGGCGCCAGGAGGCGGCGGACCUCGAGGAGGAGCGGCGGCGCGACGCCGAGGAGAAGGCGAAGAAGGACGAGGAGGACCGCGUCAAGAGGGAGAACGAGCAGAGGCGGCUCGACGACCUCUACGCGGCCCAGGAGGCCGCGGCGAAGAAGCGCCGGAACCAGGACCGCCGCGACGACGACGACGACGACGACGGCCCGCGCGGGCCACCGCGGCGCGGCGGCGGCGCCGCGCGCCGCGCGGACCCCUUCGACGACGCGCCGCUCCCGGCGCAGCAGCAGCCCGGCGGCGCCGCGGCGCCGCGGCGCCCGGCGGCGGCGGCGCGGCAGCCGUCGCCGCCGCAGCAGCGCCAGGCCGCGGCCUUCGCCGCGGACGACUGGCAGCGCGCGGCGCAGCGGCCCCGCGAGCCCGAGGACCGGAGCGGCCGCCGCGGCGCCAAGGCGACGAACCGCUACGACGACGAGCGGGUCCGCGACUCGGAGCUCGACAAGGCCGCCGACGACUUCGAGCGGCGCGUCGCCGCGGAGCUCGAGCGCUUCCAGCUGGACCGCGAGCGCCGCGAGGGCCGCAAGGAGGUCGCGCGGCGCGCGGAGCCGUCCGGCGCGUCGCUCGAGGCGCUCGCCGACAGGUUCGCGCCCGACGCGACCAAGCCCUCGAUCUACGACCUCGCCGGCGUCGAGCCGCCGGCGCCGGUCAAGGACCGCGACGUGCGCCCGCCGCCCGAGGACUGGGCGGAGAAGUCGCUCGCGGGCAACUCGUCCUUCGUGCCGCUGCCGGCCGACUACAAGGCGAGCGCGGAGUUCGACGGCCUCAACCCGGCGGCCCGCGAGCCGGAGAUGAACCAGGUCGACGAGUACCUGAGCCCCGACGCCAUCGCGGACCGCUGGCAGCGCGACCACCCCGUCGUCGCCGACCCCGGCGGCGCGCCGCUGCCGAACCCCAUCCGGGCCUCGAGCGACCCGGCCAAGGCCGCGGCGUCGACGGCCAAGUUCACGGGCGCCGCCGAGCAGUCCCUCGUCGGGGAGAGCGUCUUCCACCACUUCCACGACAACGACGGCCUCGCCGCGCUCUCCGGGCCCAACUCGCUCUCGCCGCCGCGCCGCGCGGCCGCGUCCGACGAGCCGCGCCGCGCCGCCGCCGACGAGGCCUCCGACCGGCAGGCGCGCAAGGAGAACAUCCUCCGGCCGAAAACGGGCUCGAGGCCCGGCACGAAGGACCGCGCGCGCUGGAGCGACGAGUCGCCCUUCCUGCCCGGCGGGCCGCCGCCGCCGGGGACCGACCCCGUCUUCGACCGCAUGGUCGAGGCCGAGCUCGCGAACCGCGUGAACACGCCGCGCGCGGACGGGGACCCGCCCGCCGACUUCUUUAAGUAG